AUGACUCCUAAGUCUACUCUUCAAGGGCCUCGAGAUGACAUAAUUUCCAUCGUCUGCGCCCGCUGUGGCGAGGAGAAAGCGGCGGGUGACUUCGUCAGCCAAAGGAGAUCAGCGGGGAACACGAAGAACUGCCUGGACUGUCGCAAUCAGCUCAAUUCUCAUGUCAGCUCUGUCUCCCCAUUCAGUAAGACGUCAAGUAGUAACCUAACGAAGCAUUCCAGAUCUAGGGGCGCGAUCAUGGUAUUGAGGAGCCUUGGCGUUCAUCCAUCCUCACUUGAGAGAACUGCCGCGAAGAGAACCGACGGAGAUGCUGGCCUUUCGCCACCGAACGAGCGAUCCGGAACCCAGCCCACUUCGCCAGAGACGCUACGGCACCUUCACACGGCAAGGAGGUUAUUUGAAGAGCCAAUUAGCCAGCCGCAGGUGGUGCUGGGGACGCCAAUCCCACCAACCCAACAAAGCUUGCGCAACUUCCGGACUCUUGCUCCCUCACCGCCCAUACAGCCAACGACCGAUCAAAUCGCGUCACAUUCUGAUCCAUCUACUGUCCCAAGCAGCACAACCGAUGCUGAGUACUCUUACUUGGCUUCUAGGUUCCAUAAGGGCGGGAAAGACUCACAAGAUGAUGCCUCCAAGGCUGAGGCGAAGGCAAGGCAGGUGGCUAUACAGCGCGACCAUCGUUCACGGCGCCGUGCGGGGGAGACUGUCUCCCUGACUCCCUCAAUAUCUCAACUCGGCGUCUUUGCAGUUCCUGAUGAGCCUGGAGAAGCCGACGGUCAUGGCGCACAUCCAGAACAGGACGGGAUAAAUAUGGGUGACAAGGGGGAAUUCUCUGAAUCCGAUAUUGAUGCCGAGGACUACUUCAAUUUGCUUCUCUCGCCUGCUCGGCCUCGGAGGUAUCUCGAGCAAUUAGGGGUAGAGUGCGAUUCCGAACCAGGGGACGAAGACGAGAACGAAAAAGCCCUCUUCGCCGUCGCUCGAGGCAGCCUUCCGCACAGCCAUCUCAUGGUCGUCGUGGUCGUCGUGGUCGUCGUGGUCCUGCCCCUGGUACGGGAGGACGGCCGAGAAAAUCUCAGACGCCAGCUCAACCUCCGCGGCCGCCGCGACGGUAUCGGAGUCCAGUGAUGAUUUCACCUGAACAAUCGGCGGUAUUCCACGCACAAGAUCCGGUGUGGAAUGGAGACCUCAACGCUUGCGCCUUGACCGACUGCGAUAAGGCCAUCCUUCGCGAGUUCUGGAC